AAGGCGCACGGAACGCUGUUACUUUCCCACCAAAGGUGGUCCUAUUUUUCUACUUGUAUUUUUUACGUGCUUUUGAACUGCUAGAUUGGCAGAAGCUGGGACAAGUAAUUGGAGCUCACCCCGUUAAGCAGCACUAGGGAUGUGAACAGCUGAACUGCCGACAAGCUCAGCAUCUUAGCCACUGAUUCCCUUCUUGGCCUUUAGUGAAGACUUAAAAAACCUGGUUCUGAGAGCAGGCUUGGAUUCUGGAAGUGGACAGGAGCCCAUGCAGGGUCAUGUUGAUUGUUGGUGCCCGAAGGACCGUGCAGCAGCGUGGGACAAAAAGCUCCUCUUUGAGGACCCGCCGGGAUGCCGCUGCCGAGCCGCGCUUGGUCCCAACGGGCAACUCUGCCUUUGGCUGCGCUGGUGGGGCUCCUUCUCCUCCUCCUUCUCUGCCCGGGCCCGGGUGUUUCAAAGGCAAAUAAAUUUAGGCUGAUGCUUCAGAAAAGAGAAGCCCCUGUUCUGAUGAAGGAAGAGAUGUCUGUUAAAGAAGAUAAGGCCAAGGAAUUCUUAAACAAUUUGAAACGUCAGAAGCGGCAGCUUUGGGACAGAAGUCAGCCUGACGUACAGCAGUGGUACCAACACUUUCUCUAUUUGGGUUUUGAUGAAGCUAAAUUUGAAGAUUAUGUCUCCUACUGGUCAAACCUAGGCCGUGAUGGCCAUGAAUAUGAUGGUGGCUAUUAUCAUCAUCAUUACGAUGAAGAUGCUCCUAUUGGCCCACGAAAUCCAGACACCUUCAGACAUGGAGCAAAUGUCAAUUAUGAUGAUUAUUAUUAAGAUUAUUCUCUGUCUUAACUAUUGUUAUUAACCCUUUCCUCUCUGUAUUGACUAUAUUAAUUCUUUCUUCUCUGUGUAAGGACACUAGAAAGAUUUUUUUAAAAUUGAUUUUAAUCUGGUUCUUAAUUUUAGCUGAUGGAAUUGGGGAAAGAAACCAAGAAAAAUUGGUCUUGCAUAUAUUCCUUAACAUAUCUGCUUUAAAAUUAAAGCUUUUUUAUACAACAUUUUAAUUACCGUAGUAUUCUGGUGAAAUACAUUAUGAAGAUUAACUUUACUGAGACUAAUAUGUCCAUCUAUUUUAUAUUAAUGUACAUCUUACAACGAAUAAAAAAAAAAGAACAACAGUA